AUUCUAUUUACGACCAGCCAUGAUUUGGCAGCCUUUAGCGUGUUUCUUGUGUACCUAAGUACUUGACUGUCGCGACGGUAACCCUGGUGAUGCAAUUGUCUACAUAGCUAGACGAAAUACACUGCACACCUUUUAUUUUUUCCUUCAUACCUACACAACUUUUUUUUUACACGUCGUUCCAUAUUAACUCACAAUCUUUCCCCUCAUCCACACAGUUCACGUGCGACUAAUCUCAACGAUCACCACCCAUUUUGUAUUCUCAUUAUUCUCGUCGCAAACGAUUAUACCUUGAGAAGUAUAUUGCAACCAUGGAUCCAAACGCCCAAGCACCUCGCGAAGACGCUGAUCCUAAGAUAACUGCACCAGCCAAGGAUAAGCAGGCGGCAACGACGGUGGCAUCCGAAUCGACGCCCAAGCUCAAGGCACCAUCCAAGGCAAAGGCACCACCAAAGGCACCACCAAAGGCAAAGCCAACGCCCAAGGCAAAGGCGACGCCCAAACCCAAGGCGGCACCCAAGCCCAAGGCAGAGCCGAAGGCGAAGAAGGAACCGAAGCCGAGGGCGCCUCGAAAGACCAAAGCGUCACAACCGAAGUCCACGACCAAGAAGGCCGGCCCAGGGACUCCUGCCGCCAGAUCGAGCAAUCGGCCGAGCAAUGCAUCUGCCCAAGAUGGCUCUACCUUGUUUCCUCGAAAUCCCACACGUCCAAUUAUUCACAUUUCAACACCAGGACCUAGUCAAUCUCAACCUGAACCUUCAACAUCUCGCCCCCCCAUUGUGCCAGAACUUAUCGAUAGCCACCACUGGUAUACAGCACCCGUCGAAAGCGCAUACAUUUCGACCACAACACCUUCAUCUACACUUGCCGCAUCUACACCCAAUCAGCCAGGCGCCGAGACAACUACCAGCAGCAGCCAGAAUCCUGCGAUGGCAGAGAAAGAUUCUCAGACAAGCCCCUCCAUGGCUGAGGCACCGGCGGCGCCUUCAGCAUCGUCGGCACCGUCGGCAUCGUCAGCACCGUCGGAUCGGCCUGUGGGUGGACGUGGUCGCGGUCGCGGUCGUGGCCGAGGCCGUGGCGCACCCUUCCCGAGACGACAAAGGGUUGAACUUCAUCCAGAUGACCUCGAAAACGUGGAGCACGCGCCAGUGCAGAUAGCGGGCCAACCUAGAGUUCACGUUAAACGCCAAGAGAAGCCCAAGACAGGGCAGAAACGUAAGAUGGGCGAUGUAGAGACAGAAGCCAAGACUCAGGAGGAAACGGAGACAGAGGGUACCAGCAAGCAGAAGAAGAAGCGGAUUGGCACAGCUCAACCUUCUGAAGAUCAAGCCCCCGGACCUAUCAUAUCUCAAUACCGCCCCUUGGAACUGCACGCUCCUAAGCCUCGCCCCUCGGGUCAUAGUAGUCUGAUUAAACAGCCAGUUCCUGGCGCUUCUCACGGAUCUACAUUAGGCACACCUUCCCGAAACUCUCAUUCGGCAAGGCCUUCUCCGAUCAACCUAGAGGAUAUUCAUCGCCUAAGCGUGUCACCGACGCGCAGUACUGCAUCUAGGGCUAGCUCUCAUCGAUCUAGACUCUCACCUAUUGCACUAGGCGUUGAGCCCUGGGUUCCUGUAUUGAACAUGCCUGGAAAUGGAGCUCCUCGCCUUGGACCUCCGGGUCAGGUACAUGGAAUGCCUUAUGGCGCUACUAAUUACCCUGGGGUUGCAGUUCCUAAUGCCCCCGCAGCAAACAUGCCUCGUCCCGGAACACAGCGUCCUAAUGCCCCCGGAGCGAACAUGCCUCAUCCCGGAACACAGCGUCCGAAUGCCUCCGUGGCAAGCAUGCCUGCUCCUGGCACACAGCGUCCUCCUGCUUAUAUCCCUUACACUGAGAUCCGCCGUUACGCGGCCCGACCUCAGCCCCAAAUGCGCAAGUGUCGACGCUGCGGGAGACAGUUCGACCUGAACCAGGUUAGCACGGAUCGAUGCCCAGCAUUAUAUAUUCAGUACAUCCCAAACCCCUUAUACCCUACGCGACGGAGAGGGUCAUACCCUUCAAAGGGGAAAUAGAGCACAACAGGUCCCAGAUGUGGUCCUGCUGUGGGCACGAUGUGAACAGC